UACAUAUCUUGUUGGACAAGCCCAAACGGCAUUGAACGAACAUGAAUUGGAUCUUGAUAUUAUUAUUAUAUAUCUAUCUAUGUUUUCUUACUCCACAUUCAGUACUUUUCCAAGAUUAGUGGCACCGGUAGACACAAGAUAGAGCAAAUCAGAUAGUAGCGAUGGCAAUCACAAGGUUAAUGGCUAGAGCAUCUACACCAGACAGGCUGUCUGCAUUAUCAGAUGAUGUUCUUUUAGAUCAUAUUUUCACAAAGAUUUCUUACAGAGAUGUUGUACGCUCCUCCAUCCUCUCUCAGAGAUGGCGAUUCUUGUGGAGGAAAACACCCAUCCUCAAGUUUUGUCUUGAGGAUUUUAGGAAACAAAAAGAUGACAUGAGGAUACAAGCCAUAAUUAAUAAAGCCUUUCUCCACCUCGAUGCUCGUCUUCUCUAUUUGAAUCUACGAGUCGCCUUAGAUGACCCCAAGGCUGCCGAUAUCAACAAUUGGAUUCGACUUGCAGCUGAAAAAAAGGUGGAGCGCAUGGAGCUAUACAUCUCUUAUAGAGAUCCAAACACUAGGAUUGACGCUUCUACCAUAGUGGAGCUUGGAGACUCUUUUUUAAGGUGUGAAAACCUCACUGCCCUAGUACUGAAAUCCAUCAAUCUUCCCAUGAUACCCAAUAAUUUUGGGGUUUUCCAAUUCCUGGAAACAGUUUAUUGUGUGGGUAUUUUGAAUUUGGAUGAUGUCAUGUUUGAGCAAUUCAUGGCCGUCUGCCCACAUCUCCGAAAUUUGGGCAUUCGCGCUUGUAUGGGGUUGAGAAACUUGAAUAUACGUUCUUCCAAUCUCAUGUCCCUAAAUCUAGGAGCUCUAAGCCCUCAUUUAUCAUUGCAGAUGGUUUGUCCUCGAUUGAUUGAAAUUAGCCUCACGGAUUGCGGGCCAUACCCGGUGCUUAAAUUACUACAAGGAAUUUCAAGAGCAGAAUCAAGAUCAGAAUCUAUCAAACGUAUUACUCUUCUCAAUUAUAAUACAGGCAAUGCCAUUAAUCCAGGAAUUCCUAGUAUUGCUGUUCUUAACAGUUUUCCUGGGCUUGAAGAGCUGAUAAUCCAUGGCCAAUGUUUCCAGGAAAUGAUAUCAUAUGAGAUUUCAGUAGCAGAGUUGACAUUGUCAAAUUUGAAGAUGGUGCGUGCCCACAUUGGACUAGACAAGGGUGAAAAGGCAGUGACAUUUCUGGGUUUUCUUCUCAGACAUAGUCCAUUAACUGUAACAAGGGUUUUUCUGCCUGAACGCUGUCCUAGAAUCAUGCGAAUUCAAUUGCAAGAUUUGGAAAUGAAGUUCUCAAAAUCAAGAUUGUCCACUGCCACAAGAAGAUGGUCAAUCAAUUCAAAAGAAGCUUGCCAGUUUUGUGAAAAAUACGUGGAAUAUUAGUGACAGGUUAGCAGAAUUUGGAUAACACUUUCUAUUUUCUUAAUUUAUUUAUUUUUAUGAAAGAAUAGUAGAUGAAACAACCAUUUCCAGCAAUUAUAAAAGCAGUUUAUUCAAAGACUACUUAGUAUUCCAUGUCAAGAUUAUUUACUGUUUUUAAAAUAGAUGUACAUUCAUAUGAAUAAGGGAUGGUUGUGUUAUUUGAAUUUGU